AUGGAGGAGCUGGAGCAGCUGGUCGCCACGGGACCUCAUGGUUUUCCCCCUCCGCAGGAGGAGUUUAAAGCCCGUGUUGAGAGUUUGAGGACAGUUUUUGGGGGUUCAUGGGGCGACGUCACCGGCCGGGGCGCGCAGCGCGGUCCCGCCGUGUCCCAGAAUGCAGCGCGCUUGGCGCGUCAUUGGAGAGGGACGACGAUGGCGGCGGUCGGUGCAGCAGAAGUGAUCACACAGCUGGAGAGCGCUGCCAAAGUUUUAAUGGCCCCACCGUCCAUGGUCAGCACAGAACAGAGACAGCAUGCUGAACACAUCUUCCUCUCCUUCAGGAAGUCCAAAUCCCCUUUUGCCAUCUGCAAGCACAUCUUGGAGACCAGUAAGGUGGACUACGUGCUGUUCCAGGCGGCCACAGCCAUCAUGGAGGCUGUGGUACGGGAGUGGAUACUGCUGGAGAAGACCAGCAUCGAGUCGCUGCGGGCUUUCCUCCUCACCUACGUCUUACAGAGACCCAAUCUGCAGAAGUAUGUCCGAGAGCAGAUCCUGCUGGCCGUGGCCGUCAUCGUGAAGAGAGGAUCUCUGGACAAAAGUAUCAGCUGUAAAAGCGUCUUUCAUGAGGUCGGACAGCUCAUCAGCAGCGGGAACCCAACAGUGCAAACGCUGGCCUGCUCCAUCCUGACCGCGCUGCUCAGCGAGUUCUCCAGCUCCAGUAAGACCAGCAGCAUCGGCCUCAGCAUGGAGUUCCACGGCAACUGCAAGCGCCUGUUCCAGGAGGAAGGCCUGCGUCAGAUCUUCAUGUUGACCAUGGAGGUACUGCAGGAGUUCAGCCGCCAAGAAAACCUUAACGCCCAGAUGUCCUGUGUCUUCCAGCGAUACCUGGCUCUGGCCAACCACGUCCUCAGCUGGAACUUUUUGCCUCCCAAUCUGGGGCGCCACUACAUCGCCAUGUUUGAGGCCACGCAGAACGUCACACUCAAGCCUACCGAGUCCUGGAGGGAAGCGCUGCUGGACACCCGCGUCAUGGACCUCUUCUUCACCGUACACAGGAAGAUUCGGGAAGACUCGGACAUGGCGCAGGAUUCCCUUCAGUGCCUGGCCCAGCUGGCCUCCAUGCAUGGGCCCAUCUUCCCCGAUGAGAGCGCCCAGGUCUCCUACCUGGCCCACAUGGUGGAGGGCCUGCUCAGCAUGAUCAACGGGAUCGAGAUUGAGGACUCUGAGGCGGUGGGCAUCUCCAAUAUAAUUUCCAAUCUCAUCACCAUGUUCCCUCGGAGCACGCUGACAGCUCUGCCCAGCGACCUCUUCACCUCCUUCAUCAACUGCCUCACGCUGCUCACCUGCUCCUUUGGACGCAGCGCCGCCCUGGAGGAGGUGCUGGAUAAGGACGACAUGGUUUACAUGGAGGCCUAUGACAAGCUGCUGGAGUCGUGGCUCACGCUGGUCCAGGACGAGGAGCACUUUCCCCGCGGCUGCUUCAUCCAGCCAGCAAUCCAGGUCUUCAACUCCUACAUCCAGUGUCACCUGGCCGCUCCCGAUGGGACCCGCAAUCUGUCAGUGAAUGGCAUAUCGUCUCACGAUGAAGAAGAGAUCAAUGAGCUGCAGGAGGAUGACAGAGAACUGUUCUCAGACCAGCUGUCAAGCAUUGGCAUGUUGGGCCGUGUGGCAGCGGACCACUGCAUCCCCCUGCUCACCAGCCUUCUGGAGGAGCGGGUGAACCGGCUGCACGGGCAGCUCCAGAGGACCCAGCAGCACCUGAUGGCCUCGUCUGACCUGGGAACACUGGACCGCAAAGUGCUGGACGACCUCUACGAGGACAUCCACUGGCUCAUACUGGUCUCAGGGUAUCUACUAGCAGACGAUCCUCAGGGUGAAACCCCGCUGAUCCCCUCCGAGGUGAUGGAGUUCUCCAUCAAACACUCAACAGAGGUGGACAUCAACACAACGCUGCAGAUCCUGGGAUCGCCGGGGGAAAAGGCCUCCUCCAUACCGGGCUUCAACCGCACAGACUCCGUCAUCCGGCUGCUGUCUGCGGUUCUGAGGACGUCGGAGGUGGAGUCCAGGGCGACCAGGGCGAGCCUGACUGAGCUGCUCAGCCCCCAGAUGGGAAAGGACAUCGUGUGGUUCCUCAGACGAUGGGCCAAGACGUACCUGCUGGUGGAUGAGAAGCUCUACGAGCAGAUCAGCAUUCCUUUCAGCACAGCGUUUGGUGCAGACACCGAGGGCGCUCAGUGGAUUGUGGGAUAUCUAUUGGAAAAAGUGAUCAACAACCUGUCAGUGUGGAGCUCGGAGACGGACCUGGCCAACGACACGGUGGAGCUGCUGGUGACUCUGGUAGAGAAGAGGGAGAGAGCGAACAUCGUGGUUCAGUGUGAGAGCUGGUGGAACCUGGCGAAGCAGUUCGCCAGCCGCAGCCCACCGCUCCACCUGCUGUCCAGCUCCGUGCAGAGGUCUCUGAUGAAGGCGCUGGUGCUGGGAGGCUUCGCUCACAUGGACUCUGACACCAAGCAGCAGUACUGGGCCGAGGUGCUUCAUCCUCUCCAGCAACGUUUUCUCAACCUCAUCAACCAGGAGAAUUUUGCUCAGAUCAGCCAAGAGGAAGCUGUCAAACAGGAAAUCGUCGCCACACUGGAGGCGCUGUGCGGCAUUGCCGAGGCAACGCAGAUUGACAACGUGGCGUCGCUUUUCUCUUUCCUCAUGGACUUUCUGUCCAGUUGCAUCGGCCUCAUGGAGGUUUACAGCAACACGCCAGAGACAAUCAACCUCAUCAUUGAGGUUUUUGUGGAAGUGGCUCACAAGCAGAUCUGUUACCUGGGAGAGUCAAAGUCCAUGAAGCUGUACGAGGCGUGUCUAACGCUGCUGCAGGUCUACUCCAAAAACAACCAGAGCAGGAAGCGAAGCGACGCCACGGCCGAGGAGGACCAGUACCAGGACCUGCUGCUCAUUAUGGAGCUGCUCACAAACCUGCUGUCCAAAGAGUUCAUCGACUUCAGCGACACCGACGAGGUGUUUCGAAACCAAGACCAGGGAACACCGGCGUCCAAUCGGACCGUUUCAGCAGCAGAUGUUGUUCUCUAUGGAGUCAAUAUUGUUCUUCCCCUCAUGUCUCAGGACCUGCUGAAGUUCCCAUCUUUGUGUAACCAGUACUACAAGCUCAUCACCUUCAUCUGUGAGAUCUUUCCAGAAAAGAUCCCUCAGCUGCCUGAAGAUCUCUUCAAGAGUCUCAUGUUCUCGUUGGAGCUGGGAAUGACCUCGAUGAGUUCAGAAAUCAGCCAGCUGUGUUUGGAGGCUUUGUCUCCUCUGGCUGAGCAGUGCGCCAAAAACCAGGAGAAAGACUCUCCGCUCUUCAUCGCCACUCGGCACUUCCUCAAGUUGGUGUUUGACAUGCUGGUCCUGCAGAAACACAACACGGAGAUGACCGUGGCAGCAGGAGAAGCUCUCUACACACUCGUGUGCCUGCAUCAGGUGGAGUACUCGGAGCUGGUGGAGACCCUGCUCUCCUCUCAGAGAGACGCCAUCAUCUACCAGCGGCUGGCCGAUGCCUUCAAUAAGCUGACUGCCAGCAGCACGCCACCCACUAUGGACCGGAAGCAGAAGGUGGCCUUCCUCAAGAGCCUGGAGGAGUUUGUGGCUAAUGUGGGUGGCCUGCUCUGCGUGAAAUAACCACUGAAAAAUCUUACUGGCCUCAAGUCAUCCUUCAUUCUGAAAAACAACCAAUCAGAGACGCCUUCCCUGCUUUGUCCCUGGGAACUACACUUGAAGGAGAUGGUACACAGCCUUGGAGGAACUCUUUGCCUGCUGGGAUCCAUUUCUAACCUGAAUGUUUACCCCAUUUUCACCUGGGAUCUUCAUCCGUUUCUUCUUGGUUUGGGUUUGGUUUGGUUCACUCGUGUCCAUUACAUUUGCCAGUCCGACCUCCAACCCCGCCUCCAGCAUGAUUGACAAUUGCUAAGCGUGGCGACUGAACUGCAAAGCAGACGGGCUCAGUCAGGGGUUCCUACCUGUCGGAGCCGAGUGGCGGAGAACUGGCCAUCACGAUGUGGAGAGGCGGAUCUCUAACUGGUGUUGAGGAAAACACACACACACGCAGUCACUGACGACAAACAUGUUUUCACUAUUUAGGUUCUGGUUCCGGUUUGAGAGCAUCGUUGGGGACAUUUAUCCUCCCUCCCUUUUUUUUUUUUUUUUUUUUUUUUUUUAAUGCCAUGGUACGUGCACACUUACACACAUACGUAAAUCAUCACAGAUGUUCCCAGAGUGCCUUUGUUUAGUUGAUUGUUUUGUGUGUGUGGUGUAUGAGUGGAUCAUGAGACAUAUUGGCUCAUGACUGUGACUAAUGACUGUGCCUGUUCAAUGCCAAGAGUACAGCAGACGUACACACACAGGUAUGCAUGAGGCAUUUCCAUGAUGGCUAUAUAUACAUAUGUAUGUAUAUGUACAUGAACGUGUAUGUAAGUGUGUAUGUGUAUAUAUAUAUAUAUAUAUAUAUAUAUAUAUAUAUAUAU